GUUCUCGCCUAAUUAUAAUAAUCACGUUUUUUUGUGCUUUUCUGAAUUCCUUGAACUUCCUACUUAGAGACCUCAGACAACCAGCAAGUUCUCAUUAUUGAUUCAGUUAGUCUUCUUCUAGAAGUACUACUUUCUACAGAAACGACGGAUCAUUCUGCCAAGUUAGAACUCUGACCUAUUUACAGUGGCGCCAUUUACUGAUUUACACCAGCUUUUUGAGUUGUGACUAAACCCAUGGCUUGUGCGAAAUCCAUACCAAUGUUUGUGAACAGCAGAAUUCUCGCGAUCUCGGUGCUUUUAUACGGCGCAUUAAAGACAGCCAGCAGUGCACUCCCGACGCAGAAACACAUUCCAAAACUUCUGGAAUCAUUCCUGUUUGGCGAACACGGAGACUGUGUGCACAGCAUCAUAGGAAUUGUUGGAAUCGCUAUCCAACUCGUAGAAUGCCUUGCCGCUCAUUUUAACGGUGAUAUCGGCAAACCGAGCCUAGCAAGUCCUUCAAACUUCAUGGGAUCGAAUGCUGUGAUGUGGACAGUGGUCAGUGGCGCGUGGCUGGUGAUAUGCGUUUAUGGCGAGGAUGUUUGCGUGUUGACAUCAAUGGUUGUGUUGAUCCUCAUUGUUACUACGUUUGGUAACGAGUUUUCUCCCGGCCGCACUACAGCAACUGAGCCGACAUUUACUACUGCGCUCACGGAUCCGAUUGUGAAUACGCCAAACGCUCACCGACAGAAAAUUACUUUGAAGCCAUUUUUAGAGGACCUGAAAACUUUCAAGUACGACGCGCAGCCCAGGCUUCGACCCAGACAGGUGCGCCAUCGUUCCGCAUCCGUGCCAUCGUUCCCGACAUCAAAAAGGAAUCAAUUUGAGAACCAACCCGAGCUUCCCGAUCUGCCGGAAAUCGUGCAGAAGACUCCAAAUGACGACAUGCGAAAAGCCCGCCGCAGUAGCGUCAGACAAUUUCUUUACGACCAGUUUCACGCUGUACAGAAAUACGUGAGUUCCCAGGAAAUGGUUGGGCAGACGGAUAGCAACAAUGACAACACUGCGAAGCAAGUCGUGCGUUUCCACGGUAUUCAUGGACAUCCAAAUGAGCGUUCCACUUUACUCGGGCAGAUGUGGAAACUGGCAAAAGGCGUCAUUAUCGGCAUGGUUUUAGGCGGCGCUGUUUGUUGGGUAGUACUGUAGGGUUCGCCGAUAUGUGUUAUGCCCGGGUGUGCAGUACUUCCGGUUAUUGCUUUUGCCUCCAUUUUUUGGCCGAUCUUGUUUUGUUCGUUUGAUAUUUUACUGUGUUAGCAAUGUAUAUUUCUUUCUCCGGUAUUGCGAUAAUUUAAAAUGGGCAUACUUCGCUGUAUUGGCGUCGAACUUCGUCUGAGGAAUUACUUAAAAUGCAAUGGUUCUUGCUAAGUUUGAAUCUUCGUGUUACAAGCGAAAGCAAAGUUUCGAGAAGGCUUUGUUUAAUUUCUUCUCGUACAACCACGUGUUUACCGACGUUAAAAGGGAAUUA